UUCCCGUGAGAUCUCGACGCCGGGGCGAGGAGGGAGAUCCAAGCGGGGCGCGCGCCGCCGCCCGCGGCGGAGCCAUGGAGGACUUGGAAGAUAAUACCACUGUCUUCUCCACCCUGAGAUCCCUCAACAACUUUAUUUCACAGCGCAUGGAGGGAGUGUCUGCACUGGCUACACCAGGAUCCUCUCAAAGCUCCUUGCAGAUUCAAUACCAGCAGAGGGUGCAGUUGGAAGAACAAGCUGGGCAGAUCCACUCCAAAUCCCAGCUCCUGCAGGUGGAACGAGAGAAGAUGCAGAUGGAGCUUAGCCACAAACGAGCUCGCAUUGAGCUAGAGAAGGCAGCCAAUACCAAUGCCAGAAACUAUGAGCGGGAGGCUGACCGUAACCAGGAGCUGCUCACACGCAUAAAGCAGUAUCAGGAAAGGGAAACAGAAGCUGAAAAUAAACUGAAAGAGCAAAUGGAGAUGAACAAAUCCUAUAAGAAGAGCAUGGAGACAAUGAGUAAGAAGCUGCAAGAGAAGGAGAGCAAAUUAGCUGAAGCUAAUGAAACAAUCACUAUAUUAAAAGGGAAAAUAUCAGAGCUGCAAUGGAAUAUAAUGAAUCAAGAGAUGCAGAUGACAAGCCAAGACUCUCAGAAGCAGGAGCUAAUGGAACAGCUGGAUGUCCAACAUAAAAAAUGGCAAGAGGCUAGUCAGCAAAUCCAAACGUUGCAAGCAAACCAAUCUCUACUGGCAGAAUAUGAACAGAAGAUUAAGGAUCUGGAACAGAAGUUCUCCCAGCAGGAACAUGAUGCUCUAAUUGUCAAGAACAUGAAGGCAGAAUUGGCCCGUUUCCCAAAAAUGGAGCGGGAAUUGCGCCAGCUAAGGGAGGAAAAUGCCUACUUCAGGGAAAUGAAAGAAAACAAUGGAUUACUUAAAGAGGAGGUAGAAGGUCUCCAAAGAAAACUGGAACGCUAUGAGAAAGUCCAAGCACAGCUAGUGACCGUUGAAUUGGAAAAUGAGAAACUUCUGGGAAAAUUAAAAAGCUGGGAGAAACUGGACCAGAGCACUGGCUUGAAUAUCAGGACACCUGAUGAUCUCUCAAGGCAAAUUGUGGCCCUGCAGCAAAGGGAGCUUGUGCUGAAAGAGCAGAACUCUACCAUCACAAACAGUGCCCGAAUACUGGAGAAGGCCCGGCAGCAGCUACAGGAAGAAAUACUACGGAUUCAGAGCCAGCUCUUGGAUGAGAAGAAGAAGCGUGAGCAGCACGAAGCGCUGGUCAGACGGCUGCAGAAACGCGUACUGCUACUCACGAAGGAGCGUGAUGGGAUGCGAGCAAUUCUGGAGUCGUACGACAGCGAGCUGACCCCUUCGGAGCACUCGCCCCAGCUGAACCGGCGUAUGCGUGAGGCUGAGGAGAUGGUGCAGAAGCUGCACGCUCAUAACAGCGAGCUGGAGGCUCAGCUGUCUCAGGUCCUGGAAGAGGUGGGAAAUCAUAAGCAAAGAGCAGAGAUGCUGGAGGUGGAGAUGAAGGUCCUGAAGUCUCAGGAGUGCACAGCUGAGCAAAGUACCGUCAUCACCAAGGAGGAGGUUGACACGCUCAGGCUGAAAAUUGAGGAGCUGGAGGCUGAACGUAGCAAGCUCGAAGAGGAGAACAGAUCUCUGGAAAUUAAGCUGGAGAAGCUAACGCUGCAGGGUGAUUACGACCCCAGCAGAACCAAAGUUCUUCAUUUCAGCAUGAACCCAGCGAGCUUGGCCAAGCAGCAGCGCAAGGAGGAGCAGCAGCAGCUCCAGGAGGAGUGUGAAAGGCUGAGGGAGCUGGUGAGGGUGCUCGAAGGAGGAGGCUCCAUCCCUGGGAAUCUGGAAGGAGUUGGGAGUUUUCAGUCACCGCAAGAAAUUGCAGAGCUGAAGAAGCAAGUGGAAAGUGCAGAACUGAAAAACCAGCGUCUGAAAGAAGUUUUCCAGACCAAGAUCCAGGAGUUUCGCAAGGUGUGCUACACACUAACGGGCUACCAGAUCGACAUCACGACUGAGAACCAGUAUCGACUCACCUCCAUUUACGCCGAGCACCAAGGGGACUGCCUGCUUUUUAAGGCCUCCAGCUCCUCUGGUGGAAAAAUGCAGCUUCUGGAAACCGAGUUCUCACGAACCAUCCGGGAGCUCAUCGAACUCCACUUGCUUCGCCAGGACAGCAUCCCGGCCUUCCUCAGCGCCCUCACCCUCGACCUCUUCAGCCGCCAGACCAUCGCUUAGCAUCCUGCCACCAGCCAGGUGUGGAGCACUCCUGGGCAGGACACUUGAGGUAGCGAGGACAAAUUCUUCCCUCCCACCCUUAAUUUGUGGCAUUGGGUUGCUUCUGCUUUGCAGGGAACUCCUCCUUUCCCUUUCUUUCAUGCUGAAUCCCAAACCGCCCUGGUUCCUCUGAAAAGCAUCAUUUCCCUCCUGUGGGAGGGCAAGCCUAGCUCCGUCCCAGGGCUUUCCUGUGCCAGGACCCAAAUCCUUACCUUUGAACUGGGAAAUGUGUCCAUCACUGCCCAGACUGUCUCAGCAUCUCUCUGGGAAUAUGGUGGGAACUGCUGGUUUGAGGAGCCACAGCAUCACCAUUUGCAGCUUUUCCCAAAAGGAUCCCCCAAAUCUGGGCCCCAGCAGAGAGAUGAACCUUGUGGGAGGCUGGUGCUUCCUGCCCCCGUGGUUGUCCUCUCCUAAUGGGAGCCAAGGGCUUGGUCCCUGUCCUCAGGGACCUGGGGAACUAUCAGUCGUGAGUAGCAGGUUCUUUGUGGAUACCUCCUGCUCUUGCAAACAGCUCAUCACUCAACAGGGUUGAAAUUAUUUUCAAGAUAUCAAAUUACCCGAGUCUGCCAUCACUCUGCAGACAAGCACAAGCAUAAAUGGCCAUUCAAAGACCCCAUACCUGUGUUGACACCUCUGCGUUGUGUGGGUUUUGUUCCUCACCGAGACUCUUGGGCUGUUGGUUAUCUCAGAACUGCAGAAGGUGGGAGGGAGCUCUUUGGGGUGUGCUCAUUGCUGCUGACGUUAGCCUGCUGCCUGCCACCAGGCUGUGGGUACCUGCUCACCUUGCUGGGGGUCUCCCUCCUCCUCUCCUGCGUGGAGGAUUGGGCAUCCCCUGAAGUCUGAAAUUUUGCGUUCCAAUGGAUAUAGCUCUUUUGUCAUAAAAAUAAAGUGUCAC